GUGCAUCAGACUCUCAGAAACAAAUUAUAUUAUUAUUAUUAUUAUUAUUAUUAUUUGGUUUUGGUUAUUAUUGUCUGCGAUCUAUUGGAGAAAAUGUCUGCUGUGGUUUUGUUCUGUUUGUGCGUGUUGAGUUUAUUUGGUGUGUUUGGUAGUGAGUUUGUGUCAGUGACUGAGGGAGAUUCUGUGACUUUAUCUGUCAAUGUCACUGAAUCACAGAUUAAAGAGGGAAUCUCCUGGAAAUUUGGACCGGAAAUUACAAUAGCUGAAAUUGAGGUUGGUAACAAUAAUAUCCAUUUAUAUAAAGAUAGAGCUGAUGGGAGAUUCAAAAACAGACUGAAGCUGAACAAUCAGACUGGAUCUCUCACCAUCACAAACACCAGAACCACAGACUCUGGACUUUAUCAACUAAUCAACACCAACACAAAGAACCAACUCAAUAUAUUCAAUCUAACUUUCUAUUCUCAUCUGCCUGUUCCUGUCAUACACAGUUACUGUCCACAAAACUCUUCAUCAUCAUCAAUCUCAAACUGUGUCUUUGUGUGUUCAGUGUUGAAUGUGAGAGAUGUGAGUCUGUCCUGGUACAAAGGAAACAGUUUAUUGUCCAUCAUCAGUGUGUCUGAUCUCAACAUCAGACUCUCUCUACCUCUGGAGGUUGAAUAUCAGGAUACAAACACAUACAGAUGUGUACUCAACAAUACCAUCACAAACCAAACUCAACAUCUCAACAUCACUCAACUCUGUCAGAUGUGUUCAGAAAACCUCUGCUGUUGUAGCUUUACUGAAGCUGUGAUCCGAUUGGUCAUCUCUGCUCUAGUGGGCAUGGCUGCUCUUGUGGUACUGGUUUAUGACAUCAAAACUAGAGGAGGUGAACAGAAGAAGAAGAUGAGAUCAGACAUACAGCUAAAUGAGGGAUGAAUCUGUAGUACUAUCAAUAUGUUAUCUGCCUGUUCUCUCUCUCUCUCUGCCUGUCAGUUUAUGAUACAGCCGAUGUAAGGUUUUUGAGGGUCUUUUUGAUUUUUGCUUCCGGCCUACUAGCAAUUUUGUAUUUAAAAGAUGUCUAACAGAUAUACUUUCCUUACGUGAUGGAAUAUCAGACAAGUUAUUUAGGCUAAAACUAAAUGAAAGUUUAUUUGGCUAAAAGUGGGUUAACAUAAACAGAUUUCCAGUGGAUCACAGAGUCAAUGGAUCAAUGAGUCACCGUUGAAACUGUGUAGAAAUAACAAUAUAAACCUGUGUUUUUUCCGCAGAAGUCAUAAUCAUCAUUGGCUUAUAAAGUUCAAAAUUAAUAAAGCAGCCCACAUGAAUGCUUGAAUUUAUACAUUUAUAAAACUAUAAAGUAGGCCUUCAACAUUCCAGCAUUUAUUUUACAUGUGUCUUGAUGUGUCUGGACUGCACAUGUUUAUUAUGUGUAAACAUAUUUCAAAUAGAAAUGUUGAUUUCACAUCAUGCCAUUAUUUUUUCCAUGUGUUGUUUUCUGUAACAUAUACAAUAUUUAACCUUUAUUAAGUAUUUGAUUAUAUUGCAUAUUGUGUGCACUGUAUUGUACUACUACUUCUGCUGCUCUAUAUUUUUCUUAAAAAAAAUG